AUGCCUGUGGUGCGACGUCUGUGUCUGAUCGCUGGAGCAACAACGGUGGGCGCGGUGGCGCUGGCGGCUCCGGUCUUUGCGACUGAGUUGAUUGUCCAUCCUACGAAGCUAAAUUGGCCACACCGAGGCAUAAUGUCCUCUUACGACCAUGCCUCACUGCGGCGGGGUUACCAGGUUUACAAGGAAGUGUGUUCUGCUUGUCACAGCAUGAAGUUUCUUGCCUACCGUCAAUUGGUAGAUCAUGUGCUCACCGAGGAGGAGGCCAAGGCCGAUUGUGCAGAGUUGAUGUGCACUGUGUGUGAAAUCAUUUCUUUCACCCACUGGCACUACAUUCCCGAAACUACGGCUUGGACGACCUCUUUGGGACAACGCAUGAUGGGCAGUUUGAUCCUCGUAAAAGACGGGCCGAAUGACGAGGGCAAGAUGUUUGAUCGUCCAGGUCGAUUGACAGACAUACUUCCCUCGCCCUAUCCGAAUCGUGAGGCUGCUAAAUUCGCUCACAACGGGGCCUUUCCACCUGAUCUCACUUUUAUCGCCAAAGCGCGUCAUGGUCUGGAGGACUACGUCUUUCAUCUCCUCAUUGGAUACUGCGAUCCACCACCGGGUCGAGAGUUGGAGGAGAACCAGUACUAUAACCCCUACUUUCCAGGUGGUGCAUUGACCAUGGCACCGCCUCUAUACGAUGAGCAAGUGGAGUACGCGGACGGGACGCCAGCUACCGUCUCGCAGAUGGCCAAGGACGUGGUGAGCUUCCUAACCUGGUCCUCCGAUCGCAACCAUGACAAACGCAAACGAGUCCUCCCUAAAGCAGUCAUUAUAAUGGCCAUUGCAACCAUUCUUGUUGGUGUGUACAAGCGCAAGAAGUGGACCAACAUAUUGACCCGCAAAUUGGUCUACAAGAAUCGUCCGAUGCCAAAAGACCUCUAG